CGGCGGGGGCUUCCCGGAACCCGCGCGCCCCGGCCGCCUGCGCCCUGGCGCGGCCAGAUAAGAGCGGGCUGCGCUAUCGGCGCCGCGCAGCCCGGAGCGGGACGGGGCGCAGGGCCCCAGAGGCGACCUUCUCCGCGCGCAGGCCGGCGCCCCGCGUCCCGAUGGGUUGUGCUGAGCCCUAGCUCGGUGCCGGGCGCAGGGGCGGCGCGAGACGGGCGACGCAGCUGCCAGGAGGACGGCGUGACGGGACCCUGGACCGCUGGAUGGGACUGGCUCAGCACCCACCCCUACAACCCCCACUCCCACCCCGUUUUGAGGACAAGUCGAGACCUGAGUUGUGGUCCCAGCUCAGUCCCAGGUGACGGCCAUGUCGGUGCGGGUGCGGUUCCUGUCCCCAGGGGACUCGGGGGCCGUGGGGGCCGUGGGCCGCAGCGCCUCCUUCGCGGGCUUCAGCAGCGCACAGAGCCGGAGGAUCGCAAAGUCCAUCAACAGGAACUCCGUGAGGUCGCGAACGCCUGUGAAGCCCUCCAAGACGUACGGCACGCUGCGGAAGGGCUCGGUGUGCUCGGACCCCAAGCCCCAGCAGGUGGUGAAGAUCUUCGAAGCUCUGAAGAGAGGCCUCAAGGAAUACCUGUGUGUCCAGCAGGCUGAGCUCGACUACCUGUCCGGACGCCACAAGGACACCCGGCGGAACUCCAGGCUGGCUUUCUAUUACGACCUGGACAAGCAAACGCGCUCCGUGGAGAGGCACAUUCGGAAGAUGGAGUUUCACAUCAGCAAGGUGGACGAGCUGUACGAGGGCUACUGCGUCCAGUGCCGCCUGCGCGACGGCGCGUCCAACAUGCGGCAGGCCUUCUCCAGGAGCCCACCCAGCCGCGCCUCCCGCGAGAGCCUGCAGGAGCUGGGCCGCAGCCUGCAUGAGUGUGCAGAGGACAUGUGGCUGAUCGAGGGCGCCCUGGAGGUGCACCUGGGCGAGUUCCACGUCAGGAUGAAAGGCUUGGUGGGCUACGCACGCCUGUGUCCUGGAGACCAGUAUGAGGUGCUCAUGCGCCUGGGCCGCCAGCGCUGGAAGCUCAAGGGCAGGAUCGAGUCUGACGACAGCCAGACCUGGGACGAGGAGGAGAAGGCCUUCAUCCCCACCCUGCAUGAGAACUUCGACAUCAAGGUGACCGAGCUGCGGGGCCUGAGCUCGCUGGCCGUGGGCGCGGUCACCUGCGACAUCGCCGACUUCUUCACCACGCGGCCGCAGGUCAUCGUGGUGGACAUCACGGAGCUGGGCACCAUCAAGCUGCAGCUGGAGGUGCUGUGGAACCCGUUUGAUGCCGAGAGCCUCCUGGUGUCGCCCAGCCCCACGGGCAGGUGUUCUGUGGGCAGCAGGAAGGGCUCCUUGUACAGCUGGACACCCCCGAGCACCCCCAGCUUCCGGGAGAGGUACUACCUGUCUGUGCUGCGGCAGCCGGCGCAGCAGGCCUUGCUGCUGGGCGGGCCGAGGGCCACCUGCAUCCUCGGCUACCUGUCUGACGGCGACCUUCGGGGUCCCGGCCUGCGGAGCCGCAGCCAGGAGCUGCCCGAGAUGGACUCCCUCAGCUCCGAGGACCCCCGGGAUGCGGAGACCAGCACGCUGGCGUCCACCCCGGACGUGGGGUUCCUGCCCUCGGCCAUCGGCCCCGACGCCUCCAUUGAAGAGGAGGCCCAGGAGGCGCCCCCGUCCCCGGGCCUGCUGCCAGGCAUGGCCCACCUGGCAGGGGGCGCGUUUGUGGAGCGGCCUGGCUGGAGGGACUUGGGGGCAGAGAGCCCCAACCUGUCGCAGGGCCCGCCGUUCCACGCCUGCGCCACCUCCAGUAGCCAGAGAGGCCCAGACGAAGAGGAAACUGGGGACAGAGCGGACGGGCCUGGCGUGGCGCUGGAGAGGCCCCUGCAGGAGGUCCUGGAGUCCCUGAGGUCCGCCGACACCGCCCAGCCCCCGCUGCGGGAGCUGGAGUACCAGGUCCUCGGCUUCAGGGACCGGCUGAAGCCGCGGGGAGCCCGGCGGGAGCACGCGUCGGCCGAGAGCCUGACCGCCUGCGUCCUGGAGAGCUUCGCCUUCCUCAGCGCCGACUUCGCCGCGGACCAGCUGUCCCUGUUCGGGGGGUCCCAGGGUCCCCGGAAGGACAGGACCCCGCCCCCACCGCCCUCACCGAAGUCGUCAUCCAGGGACGUCACAGCCGGCGCCCCCGAGCUGGACGUGCUGCUCGCGGCCCACCUCCACGUCUGCAAGGCUCUGCUGCAGAAACUGGUGGCCCCUAAUUUGUCACGGGUGGUGCGGGAGCGCCUCCUGGAGGAAGUGGCGCAGCAGACGCGGGUUCUGGAGACGCUUUCUGUCCUUGACUUUGAGGAGGUCGGCAAGGCAGCAUCGGUUGAAGAGAUCGUUCCACAGGCCACGCGGAGGAGGGGGUGCCUGCAGCUCUGGAGGGGGUGCUCGGGGCCCGGCGGCGUCCUGUCCUGCCCCGCGACGGCGCUACUGGACCAGCUCAAGAAAACGUUCCUGCACAGAGUCCGAGGGAAAUACCCGGGACAACUGGAGAUAGUGUGCCGCAGGUUCCUGGAGCAGGUGCUCAGCUGCGGCGGGCUGCUCCCCGGGGCCCGGCUCCCAGAAGAACAGACCGUCACCUGGUUCCAGUUUCACAGCUACCUGCAGAGGCAGAACGUCUCCGACUUGGAGAAGCACUUCGCCCAGCUCACCAAGGAAGUGACGCUCAUCGAGGACCUGCGCUGUGCCGGGCAGGCCAAGGCGUUGCGGAAGCUGCAGGGAAAGCGGCUGGGCCAGCUCCAGCCCCUGCCCCAGACCUUGAGAGCCUGGGCGCUGCUCCAGCUGGACGGGCCCCCGCGGGUGUGCAGGGCCGCCGGCGCUCGCCUGGCCGGCGCGGCCAGGAACGGAAGCUUCCGGGAAAAGGCGCUGCUCUUCUACACGGAUGCCCUGACCCAGGACGACCCCAAACUCCAGCAGGCCGCGUGCCUGGCGCUCAAGCAGCUGAAGGGCAUUGAAAGCAUCGAUCAGAUCGCCAACCUGUGCCAGUCUGAGCUGGAGGACGUGCGAGCGGCAGCUCGGGAAACCACACUGUCGUUCGGUAAAGUAGAGUCGGACGUCGUGUGCAGUGGGGUUCCCAGGGCCCUUAGACCAGGUGUGCGAGGGAGGCCACUCCCAACUCUCGCAACAGAGACAGAACAGCGCCUGGGACUGGCACCGUCAGCAGCCCCGGUGCAGAAUCAACCUCCACGUGCCACUGCACGCUGGGCAAGGCAGGUUUCCCUCACAGUUGAGGGGGCAGGAAGUGUUCCAUUAUCAUCUUAAACUUCAGUAAUCUCUGAAACCUAGUGAAGGAAGUCAGCGGCCACGUUCCAACUCAGCAGCCUCUGUUGCAGAGGGAGGGCGGGGCCGCUGGGUGGGCUCUCCACAGAUGCUCCUGGUGUGGCCCUUUCGAGACCCGAGACACAGGCGUCAGUGAGCACUGAGGCCACUGUGGCCUGCCAGAGUAGGAAACACCUAGUUGGGAGACACCCAAGUGACAGAUCAUCUUAC